GGAAGAAGAUUCGCGGUCUGGGUCGAGACGGUGUGAGAUGUGUCAUACUGGAGUCAUCAAAGUAAUCGUCUUAUUCGCACUGGUUUGGCUAAGUUUGACCUCAAACCCACCAGUCGAAGCUGUCAGGCUUUAGUUAACGUUACUUUGCAAACUAGUAAUCGUUAUUGAUACACAUAAUAAAAAAAAACUGCCGACCUGUCAUGAAAGAAACCAUGAAGAGCGUGAGCCAAGAGCAGGCGAGUAAACUGCUGCACAACAAGUUUGUGGUUGUGCUGGGCGACUCUAUCCAACGUGCGGUAUACAAAGACUUAGUCCUCCUGUUACAGAAGGACAGAUACCUCUCUCAGUCCCAGCUCAAGACCAAGGGGGAGCUGGUGUUUGAGCAGGACUGCCUGGUGGAGGGGGGCCGCACGGGCCUCAUGACUAACGGGACGGAGUACCGGGAGGUGCGUCAGUACCGCUCGGACCACCACCUGGUGCGCUUCUACUUCCUGACGCGGGUCUUCUCCCGCUACGUGCAGAGCGUGCUGGAGGACUUCCGUUGUGGCCCGAGUCCAGACGUGGUCGUGGUCAACUCCUGUGUCUGGGACGUCUCCAGGUACGACUCUCUGUGGGUGAGGGACUACAGGGAGAACCUGGAGCGGUUCUUCGAGGAGCUACGCAGCGUUCUCCCAGAGGAGUGUCUGGUGGUGUGGAACCUCACCAUGCCGCUGGGCAAGAACAUCGCAGGAGGGUUCCUGGUGCCGGAGAUCGCCCACAUGGGCCCCACGCUUCGCUACGACAUAGUGGAGGCGAACUUCUACGCAGGCAAGCUGGCGGACGCCUAUGGGCUGGACGUGCUGGACCUGCACUUCCUGUUCCGCUUCAGCCUGCAGCACCGCACGCGCGACGGCGUGCACUGGAACGCCGUGGCCCACCGGCGAAUCAGCACGCUGCUGCUGAGGCACGCAGCCCAGGCCUGGGGUGUGGCCCUGCCAGAUCCCAGUGAGGGACCCAACCAGAAGCCUGUCUGUGACAGCCACACUAUGACCUUUGCUCCUCCCCCCUCCCUCCCUGAGCAGCAGUACUGGGGGAACGGGGAGAACUUCUACAUAGACUCCCUCCCGUCUUGCCCCAGCUCAUCUUCAGGGUACUUCAGCUUCGAGGAGGAGUGGGGUGCCCCCAACCCCGCAACCCUGCGCCCCCUUGUCCAAACCCUACACCCCCCUGCCCCAACCCUGCGCCCCCUUGCCCCAACCCUGCGCCCCCUUGCCCCAACCCUGCGC